UCAUCAUGAUGGUCACACCCAAGCGUGUCUUUUAAACUUUUCCUUUCAGCCGAAAAGAAACGAGAAUGUGCGCCUCACACCGAUAAAGAAAAAAAAAUUAAAUAGGGCAAAUUUACGGCAAUACAGUCGUUCCGAACACGUCACUUUUGGCAUGCUCAAAAUAAUUUUUAAUUUCUCCUUGUGUGUGUGUGCAUGUGUUGUAAAAUCGAUACUGCCGGUGGUUUUUUAUGAUUAAUUUUCUCAAUUUGUUUACUCACGGAGAUGUUCGCGAGGGUCAGUUUUUACCCCACGUUAGUUUACAAUGUGAUCAUGGAACGGUUAACCCCUAGGCAAUGGUACAAUAGGAUCGACGACACGGUCAUUUUGGGGGCCCUGCCCUUUCCCCAUAUUGCCAAAGAACUUGUAGAAAAAGAAAAUGUGAAGGCGGUGGUGUCUAUGAAUGAAGACUACGAGUUAUUUCUCGCCCACGAUGCAAAGUCUUGGAAAGACCUCGGAGUGUCCUUCCUACAACUAGCAACGACAGACAUAUUCGCCACUCCAUGCCAAGAAAAGCUCAUAGAAGGAGUGAAAUUUAUUAACGACUUUGUGGAUCCCAAAAAUGUGAAAAAUGGCAUUUCUACUACUUCGGUUUAUAUCCAUUGUAAAGCUGGAAGGACGCGAAGUGCUACUUUGGUUGGCUGCUAUCUGAUGCAGAGGUACAACUGGACCCCUGAACAAGCCGUAAACCAUAUGAAAGAAAAAAGACCGCACAUCUUAAUGCAUAGGAAACAAUGGGAAGCCCUGGAGAUAUUCCGGAAGCACAAUAUAAAAUCUCCAGAAAAAUAAAUUCUAUAGAAUCACUUAAGCAUAUCUUUUUGGGCUUUAAUUGUCAGUAUAAAAUAACACAUUAAUUAUUAUAAUAUAUAUUUAUUUAUGGCA